AUGUAUCUGGCUGUAUCAACCAGACCCGACAUAGCACACGCCGUCAGUAAACUCAGCCAAUUCAACAACUGUCACACGAAGAUUCACUGGGGUGCGGCGAAGCGGGUAUUACGUUACUUGAAGGGCACUAAUGAUGUUGGCCUGGUUUAUUCUGUUUCUAGCGAUCCUCCCGAAAUGUAUACGGACGCCGACUGGGGCAGUUGCGGCAUUGAUCGUAAGUCCUACACAGGAUACACAUUUAUUAUGAGCGGAGCUUCCGUCAGUUGGGAGUCCAAGAAACAACGAACCGUGGCUUUGUCGUCGACCGAGGCCGAGUAUAUGGCUCUGUCAGACGCAACCAAGGAGGCUUUGUACGUCAGCAAGCUACUUGACGAACUCGGAACGACUCUGAACGGAAUCGUCAUUAAAAACGACAGUAAUGGCGUUCAGAAGUUGGCGAUGAAUCCAGUUCACCACGCGCGGUCCAAACACAUCGACAUCCGACACCAUUUUGUGCGGGAUGCCGUUAGCAGAAAUCUGGUCACGAUCCAACAUGUGUCCACCGACGAAAUGGCAACGGACAUACUGACAAAAGGGCUGCCCAGAGGAAGACACGAGAAUUACAUGAAGCUCCUCGGGCUGACUUCCAUCCAUUGA